GAGAGCACUUGUGCUGGAAACCAAGUCAGAGCUUUUGUUUGGAUCGUCAUGUUGAAAUUGGGCCUUCUCCUUUUCCUGUCUUGUUCGAGUAUAUUUCACGGAAUUUUGGCAAGGUCUCCUCAUGCAAAUCCACUGGCUAUCAGCCUGUCCAGAAUGAAGCGAUUUAAAGAACUCCCCGACAUCAGUGGGACUAACAACAAUCUCAAAGAGCAAAUGGAUCAAGAACAGGCCCGUGAGCUAUUAAUCCUCCCCCAAGAAAUUCCAAUGCUUCAGUACUUAACCGAAUUUGUCAAAUGGGAACACCAACAGAGAGAACAGAAGCGGUCGAGCCAACCUUUGAACAGGGAUACACGCGAUUGGAUGACAAGAAUGGGAUAAUUCGAACCAUAGAGCAAGGGUUGCACGUUGAGUUGCUGUUUUGCCGAGCCUGGAUUCAUGAUAUCUUUGUUUGUUUUCAAUAUCAUUAUUAUUAUGAUGAUUAUUAUUUUUACAAUUGAUGCUCCAUUACAUUCUUCUUGAUAAACUGAAACAGAUAAAUGGAUGGAUGGAUUUUUUUGCACUUUAUUUCGAACAACUCCGAGAAUAUCCCAGUGCAAUGACGUGAUCGAUUUCUUGUUGUUGAGCAAACAUCAUUGCACUUAGAAAGUUGUACUAGUCAUACCAGUAAAAACACUUGGUGAGAGUACCUUCUCUGGUCACAUAGGCUUCAUUUGAAAUCGGACCAGAAGGCUGUUCCACGAUGAUUUAUGGCUCCCUGAACAGAACUAGCGAAGCCAUACAAUCCUCUAUGUACACUUGAAAAUGUCUCUUCUUAGGGAAGUGUGUUGUUGUGAGGAUAUCUUACAGAGUUAUAUGGAUUGUGGCAUUAGGAGUUAUCAUGAUCCUUGUCGGAUUCAAGACGAUGUCAAGACUUGGUCCAAAAACCUUCAAUCUCUUUUGAAUUCUUCAUAUGGACGGGCACUCUUUCGGGCAUUCUUACAAAAGGAAUACGCUGAGGAGAAUCUCGAUUUCGUUCUCAAAGUCGACAUUUACCGCACUUGCAGUCCGCGGAAACGAGCCAAAAUGGCAUGGAAGUUGUAUCGCACGUUCAUUGCCAUAGGAGCUCCACAUGAGCUUAAUCUUGACAUCCUGUCCCGGAAAGUGACGGAUUUGGCCAUGAUCACCCCUCACGUGUCCACGUUCGAUACGGCACAAAAGAGAAUCCUCAACCUCCUCGAAAACGAUGCCUACCGAAGAUUUCUCAUGUGGAACGUUUACCUUGACUUGGUGCAUACCUAUGACGUCCAUCAGAACCCAGACGAAGAUGACGAGACACGAUUAUAACUUGAUUCUGGAAGUGUCUGGAACAUUCAGUUGCUCACAUCCACAUCCAGGGAUAAUUGUUCUCAAACGUUCAGGAAAUAAAUUGGUGUGGACACA